AUGAAAAUUCCCUCUAACGAAAAGUGGAAGGAAAUAGCAAAUCGCUUUUACGAAUUAUGGAACUUACCUAACUGCUUAGGAGCAAUUGAUGGCAAGCACGUUAGAAUACAAAACAUUCCCAACUCUGGAUCAACAAAUUACAACUACAAACACUACCAUUCAAUUGUUUUACUUGCGGUUUGUGAUGCAGAUGGCUUAUUCACAAUGAUAGAAACUGGCUAUGCAGGCAGAAAUAAUGAUGGAGGAAUUUUUCGUGCAUCAAAUUUAGGUCAGUGUUUGGAAAGAAAUGGUCUAAAUCUACCCGCUAGUGCUUGUUUGCCACAUGAUGAGAGCCAGGAAAAAGUACCAUAUUUCUUCGUAGGAGAUAACGCGUUUCCCUUCAAACGAUAUUUAAUGAGACCAUUCCCUAUAAAAACACUGGAUAAUAAGAAAGGUAUAUUUAACUAUAGGUUGAGCAGGGGAUGA